AUGGGCAUCGCGUAUAAGUGUAAUUCAAAGGCGAACCAGAGGAAGUCGCCAGCGGGUAUUGCUGUUGUCAUCAAUCGAGACCAAGCGCUAGGAGCAUAUAUCUACCGGGCGGCUGCUUUGUGCCGCGCCGCGGUGCCUCCAUUCACAUUAAUUUAUUUGUCGCACGCGCAAUGCAACAAGAAGCGUUGCGCUGAGUCGCGACGAGCGGGAGGGAAGCUGACUCGUAAAUAUGUCACUGAGGAGAUGCAUGUGCGAGAGCUCCGCCCGCCUGUACACACAGUUAUUAGAUUCUUGCACAUGCGAGAUGCGGGAGCUAACGUGGUCUGA